UGUUCAUGAAGGUGUGGGCUGGGCAGUCGCACCUGUAUAUCCUGCUCCGCUGUUUGUUUAAGCAGAAAAAAAACCUUCAUUUCCUCUCCUAGCUUCUCCACUUUUUUGUGCUCCAUGGAUUAUCAUGCCUCUUGCAGUAAGAAGAUAUGACGUUUGGGAGGGAAACAGUGCGUUGGAUCAAAUUCCUGAGAAACCUGGUACCUGUUUGUGGGCUGUUGCUGGUCGUGGUCGUUUUGUAUAAUGACCCAUUUCUGAUCCUGUGGUGGCCCCAGAGACCUGCAGAGAAUGCGGUUUUACCCCUGGACAUGGCCCCGGAUUCCAUUGACGACAUGUAUGACGGUUGUCACUCCAAAUCCAUGUCUCUCAUACACCUGUACGGUGUGUUUGAGUGGCAAGUCAACAAAAACUUUAGUUAUGCUUGGGCUUUAGUUGAAAGAAAUGCAAAGGAACCUAUCCACAAGCACCUGCGAGAUGACCAUUCAACUUCUUUGUACAUAUUCACGAAACUGGCCAACAUCCGGCAGGAUUUCGACACAGCAGUGAAAACGGGAAAACACAAGUACAGCACCAUCGGCUUUAGGUUUCAUUUUUUGUACUUCCACCUGACGGAUGCCAUUCAAGCUCUGAAUCAGAACCACUCGGCGUGCAGAUCUGUUUAUCUUAGGACUUGGAAACGGUUUGACCGGAACGUCGUCAACACAAACAUCCGCUUUGGGGCUUUUACUUGGGCGGUUUCAAGCAAGCAGUCGCUUGAGAAUAAUGGCAAUGUUUCCUGUUUUGAGAUCCAGACGUGUUUUGGCGCUGACAUCACACAUUACUCCAGCACAGACCAGAGGGGACAGGUGCUCAUUCCGACCUAUGAGGUUUUUAAGGUCACAGACGUUUUGACAAACGAUCCAUGGUGCAGCGUGGUCUACAAGCUUCAGAGCACCAAAAAACCAAAGACCGACCAAAACUGCAAACUGAGUCAAAGACUAACAAAAUCCCUUUUGGUUGAGGGAAUAAGAAACUGGCAGGGAGGUAAUACCUUGACCAUGUCAGCAUGUGCAGUUCUGCUAAUGAUGGCUUCCUUCAUUCUGGUAAAACGGCAACAGAAAAUGUAUGUGGCUAUAGUGCUGGGUGCUAUGGUUGUGCUGAUAAUUAUCAUUUUACUGUUGAUUUAGACACCAUCUUUAUCCAAAUAACAAACACUUGCAGGUUAUUAAAAUAUUCCAAGAAACUGUGAAACAUCUUGUUUAUAUAUUUAAUUGCAAACAAUGGUUUGCUGUUUAUUUGACCAACAUUAAUGUCUUUGUGUUUCUGUUCUGUAUUGCAUAUGUAUCCUGGAAAUGUUGUACAUUCUCCUGCAAAAUCAAAUAAACCAGUAUCCCAGUUGCAUUAACUUUGCAGGCCAAAUUAUAAGGGCCAAAGCAUACAGUGAGAUAAAACUGACUAUAAAGGCCAAAUACGUCUUUAAAUUCAGUUUCUGUUUAUUUCUGGGGUUGCUUUUAGCUGGUCCUUUAAGUGUCUCUUUGCAGACAGUGCACACUCAGUUUUCCUUUAUGCAUUUGUGGUUUAGUAUGUCUAACCUCCUUAGGAAGUGGUCUGCAGGGGUCUUUUGUGAAGUAGGUUGACUAAAAGCAGGAUGACGUUUGUGCUGUUUUGCAGAUCUACGGUUAACACAUAUAAAAAGCAUUGAUUUAUGGUGGAAGCCAUUCAUGAUACUGGAAUGUAAAUAAAAGUAUAAUCUCCAA